AGGUCAACAAAAUCCUGCCGCCACAUACGUUUACUCCACUUUUGAGACCUAGUUUUGUAUGACGUACUUCACAGUAACAUGGUCAUAACCCACUUCUUACUAGACAAAUUAGAAAAUGUACUUUUUCCCCACAGGAAAUGUAGCUUUUGAAUGACGUCUUCUAAAUAAGCAGCGCAAAAAAGGUGAAUCGGAGGGAUUUGUUUCUGUAGCGGCGGUAGUAAGGAGUCGUUCGCAUUACCCAGUUGCUGACGCGCUUGGCUUUUUGGAAUAUUAUUCCAGACUGUCCCGAGACAGGAAGUUUGGGGACGUAAGAAGUCAGUCUCAGCUGGGCAAUAAUAAGUAAGUAAAAGAUAUGGCGCGUCUAGUGGCAGUUUGCAGAGACGGGGAGGAAGAAUUUCCUUUUGAGAAAAGACAGAUCCCACUCUACAUCGAUGACACGCUCACUAUGGUGAUGGAAUUUCCUGAAAAUGUCCUAAUUGUUGAAGGCCUUCAUGUUAAUAAUAUACAAUUAAAGCAGUUUAUCCAGCGCCACAGCAUGCUGAAACAGCAGGACCUAAAUAUUGCCAUGAUGGUCACAUCACGUGAAGUUUUCAGUGCACUUUCUCAGCUUAUUCCAUGUGUUGGCUGUCGACGUAGUGUGGAGCGCCUUUUCACUCAGCUUGUUGAAUCUGGGAAUCCAGCUUUGGAGCCUCUCACUGUUGGACCAAAGGGCAUCCUUUCAGUAACCAGAAGUUGUAUGAGCGAUGCAAGAAAACUUUAUACAUUGUUUUAUGGUCAUGGAACAAGGAAAGGGAUUCUACUCCAGACUAUUCCUAGUUCCAAGAAAGGAAAAAGGGAAAGAAUACUGCAUACCUUGGAUGUACAUAGACAGCUACCCUUAGGGGGAUGCUGGAUGGAUGUAUGGGAGCUGAUGUCUCAGGAGUGCCGGGAUGAAGUGGUUUUAAUAGACUCAACUUGUCUUUUAGAAACUUUAGAAACCUACCUAAGGAAACACAGGUUUUGCACAGACUGCAAAAACAAAGUACUGCGAGCCUAUAAUAUUCUAAUUGGUGAACUGGACUGCAGCAAAGAGAAGGGCUAUUGUGCUGCCCUCUAUGAGGGUUUGCGUUGCUGUCCACAUGAAAGGCAUAUCCAUGUGUGCUGUGAAACGGACUUUAUUGCACAUUUGCUGGGUCGGGCUGAACCAGAAUUUGCAGGAGGGUAUGAGAAGAUGCACGCAAAGUUUUUAGACAUUGCCUCCAAGGAGAUCACCAAUGCCUGCUUGGGACUUCAGCUAUAUCACCGGUUCCACAGACUUCGGGGCCGAGUGCGAGAUGAACACUCCACAUGGAACGUUAUGUUUUAUCUCGGAGCCGACGGUCUACGCCAGGGAUUCCAGAUGGCAGUAGAAAAAGUACAGGGUAUUAGCCGACUCGAACAGCUGUGUGAAGAAUUCUCAGAGGAAGAAAGGGUAAGAGAAAUGAAGCAGGAAAAAAAGCGCCAGAAAAGAAAAAACAGGCGCAAAAACAAAUGCGUCUGCGACAUUUCUGUGUCUCUGCAGAGUGCCAGCGAGAUAUGUCAAGAAAAGGGCUCAUUGGAACUAGCAGAGAGCAUCUGUAGAGCCUGUGGCAGCUCUGAAGACACUAAUAGCAGUGUGGAAGUAAUUGUUCCUAGUGAAAAUAUAUCAUGCUGUUGUCCGAGUAGUGGGCAUGCAUUAAGUUCACCAAAGUCAUGUAAAGAUUUAUCACAGAACUGUAAUGGUAGCGAUUGUGGUUAUUCAUCUAGCAUGGAAGGCAGUGAAACUGGGUCUCGAGAAGGUUCUGACGUGGCUUGUACAGAAGGAAUUUGCAACCAUGAUGAAGCAAGCGACGAUCCUUGUAUACAUCAUUGCAUUGAAGAUGAGGAGGAAGAUGGUGAUAGCUGUGUAGAAUGCUGGGUAAACUGCUCUGAAGAGACCAGCUUAAAAAGCAAAAGCAGAAAGAAGAAAAAGAAAAGUAGAGCUUCCAAAUGUGAGGCUGAUAAUAGCUGCAAAGUGCGCUGUAUUACAGACCCAAGCAAGAGGGAAACAUUAAGUAAUUCUGUGCAUAGAAAUUUACACCACGAUAAAACCAAAGAAAUAAAUAUUGAAUCUUGUAGUAAAGUAGAAGAAUGCAGUCAGCAUUCGUCCUGGUCAGAGCAUAGGAAAAAAGCAUCUCACUUUCCAGGACCUUCAGAAGCUGAGCUUCUCUCUUCAGAUGGAAAUGCUGCCAAAAGUUUAAUGGAGCUUCUUGAUGAAUCAGAAUGCACUUCAGAAGAAGAAAACUUUAUUACACAAGAUGAAAUACAGACUUUCAUGGCAAACAAUCGAUCUUUUUAUAGUAACAGAGAACAAUACAGACAGCAUCUUAAAGAAAAAUUUAAUAAGUACUGUCGCUCAAAUGAUCAUAAGAGACCUAUUUGCAGUGCCUGGCUGACAACUGGUGUGAACUGAACUAGCAGAGUAGUUCCGUCUUUCAUAAAAACCUGAGCCAUUGCACCUCUUCAGAAAUUCUUACCGGGGUCCUAGUCAAUCAUUUUACAUUAAAGUUGAUGUGAUUUCCUGUUUUUCUUUUUCCUGGUUGGUGGCGGCAAUGGGAUUUUCCACAAUUUUUUUCCCCCACAGGUUUGUAUGCUGUUCACUGGAGUUUGGUACAGAUCCUGCCAGUGUUUUCAGUAUAUUCUUUGUUUCACAUGUGGUGACACUUGAAAAAAAAAUAAAAUUGUGGCGGAAUGUUGAAAAACUAAAUUUGAUCUAUGAAAGAAAAAGAUAUUUUGCAGCAAUGUUUGGAUAUGAUAUAAGAGCAAUGUGCAAAAAUUAAAUAAAGACUAUUUAUUACUAUGUA